AUGCAAACUAACCAACCCAGCAGUACGCAGUUGCUAAGCAUUGGUAUAUGUGCUAUGGAUGACAGGAUUAUAAUUGACGUGGGACUUACUGCUGCCCUCAUGUAUCUAUAUUCCAGAUUGGAAAUAUUAGAAGAAAAUAAUAGAAGAUUGGAAAUAUUAGAAGAAAAUAAUAGAAGAUUGGAAAUAUUAGAAGAAAAUAAUAGAAGAAUACAGAGAAGAAGGGUGAUGAAAACUAAUCAGAACUAUACAAGGAGGCCUCUACCAAAAAAGAAAAUGAAUUCAACGAGAGAAGACAUGAGGCCAACAAAAAAUAAACUAGAAGAAGAACGUUUGGAGCUAGCUAAUAAAAGAUUGUGCCAUAACUAUGGGGUUCUUUUGGAUCAAAGGUUAAAUCUAUUGCCUCUUCCUGAGAGGCAUAUGUAUAUGAAAGAAAUUACGGAGAUUAUUUUAAAAUACGAGCGAAAAGUGUCUAAUAAAUCCAAUCAAUGUUCUAGUCCCGUCCCCUCUAGUUCCAAUAAUUUAAAUAUAUGA